CUGCAAGGUCGUUGAAAGUUAUUCUUUUUUUCUCUAAUUCUCUAAUUCGCAUCUCCUUGGGUUCUUGUUCUUUUGAACGUCCGCCAUCCCCUCCAUCUGCCCUUUUUUCCGUCCCCGACAGUCGUCCUUACUUUUCCUUUUUCCUCUAACUCUUUGUUUAUUUCUGCAAAUCCCCAUCUUCUAUUCUGCGUGCAUGGAUUGCGUGUGUGCGCCAAUGUACCAGCGUGUAUGUGUCUGUGUGUGAUUUAUUUUUCUCUAAUUCCGCGUAUGUGUGCUUCUGUGUGUGUGUGUGUGUGCGCAUGUGCAUUUCCUUUUCUUCUUUUUUUUCGUCAAUUUCUUUAUAGCAUGUUAAGAGAUCCACUGGUUUUUCUUUGUAUAUACUUCUUGGACGACUUUCUGAUUUAUGCCAUUUUAUGCUCGCUCUUUAUUUACUUUCUUUUCCACCCCAUCUUUCGGAAAACUGUUCAUUGUUAUGAUAUUACUUUCUUUUCAUCUUUAUUUUUAUUGAUUGGUUGUAGUGAUUCAUCUUAAAAAGCUCUUGUCCAAAAAAAAAAAAGAGAAAAAGUAUUACAAAUUAUAUUAAACACAUUAGCACAUUAUCC